AUGUAUACCGAUAACUGGUAUACCAGUGUAGAUUUAGCAGACAAGUUACUUGAUUCAGAGACGCAUCUGGUUGGUACGCUCCGCAAAAAUAGAAAGAGAUUGCCGAAAGAAGUCACUGAAACGAAGCUCAAACCUGGUGAAUAUAUUUCUAGAGAGAAUCAAAGGGGUAUAACCGUUAUGAAGUGGCGAGAUAAACGCGAAGUACUUCUGCUGUCUACAAAACACUCUAACAUACUAAAAGAAAGUGUGAGUAAACGGGGCCUUGUUACCAAGAAACCCAAAAUUAUUUUGUCCUACAACCAAGCGAAGUCGGCCGUAGACCUGUCUGAUCAAAUGUCAGCAUAUUCAACACCAUUGCGUAAGACAGUAAAAUGGUAUCGAAAACUUGCUUGUGAGUUACUACUCAAUACAUCGAUUGUAAAUGCCUUAGUUCUGUAUAAGCAAACAACAAAAAGGAAUAUUUCCAUUGUUAAAUUCAGACAAGCCAUAAUAAAAUAUCUAAUGACUACUCCACAGGAAAUAGAUACACCAAGACCGGCUUCCGGGUCAUCCAAUUAUCAAAAAGAGAUGCCACAACCAAAGAAAAGCAAAAACACAUCACAGCAGGACCUGAUAGAUAUAGCAUUGCAUUAUUUCAAAAAACCUGAUGACUCUGAAUCGGAUAUAAUUGCGAAGGGCUGGGCCCUUAAACUCAAACGUUUAUCAGCAGGUCAAAGACGCUAUGCGGAGAAAAUAAAAAAUGACAUUUUAUUCGAAGCCGAAAUGGGAUCACUGUCAAGAAACGGAGUUCAGAUCUUGUCUGCUAGCUCACCCACAUACACAUACUCAUACCAGUCACCUGCAUCACAUCAGUCAUCAUCACCUGUGCCAUCACCAAAUGCACUCCACUUAACUACGACAUACCAGUCACCCGCACCACAUCAGUCACCAUCACCUGUGCCAUCACCAAAUGUACACCACUCAACCUUGACAUACCAGUCACCAUCACCAAGUGGGCACCACUCAACUUUGACAUACCAAUCACCCGCACCACAUCAGUCACCAUCACCUGUGCCAUCACCAAAUGCAUUCUACUCAACUACGACAUACCAGUCACCCGCACCACAUCAAUCACCAUCACCUGUGCCAUCACCAAAUGCACUCCACUCAACUACGACACAGCAGUCACCUGCACCACAUCAGUCACCAUCACCUGUGCCAUCACCAAAUGCACUCCACUCAACUACGACAUACCAAUCAUCCGCACCACAUCAGGUAUUGCCAAAUCACUCAUAA